AUGUUCAGCUCCGGCAAUCGAAGUGGCGGCUUCGGAAGCUUCGGGACGCAAGGUAGCAAUCCAUUUGGCCAAAAUCAAGUGAAUCCCUUCCAGCCCAAUAGUAAUGCUUCAGCCGUGAAGACGACGUUCGGACAGAGCUCCGGCUUCGGCAAUCAACCUCCCCUCCCUCCGGGCGGCAUGGCGGGCGCUUUAGGUGGCGGAUUUGCAAACCAGCCACCUCUUCCGCCUGGAGGCUUAGCAGGGGCAUCUUCAGUGUCAUCAGGAGGAUUUGGUGGAGCUUCAACUAGCGGGAAUCCGUUCGGCCAGCAGAGCAGCAAGAAGACUCAGAACAGUUCCAGGACGACGUUCAGCUCGACGUCAUUUGGACGUACCGGCGUGGCGUCUUCCAAUGUAUCAGCCGGUGCACACACGACGUUUGGAACAGCGUCGAAUCCUGGCAAGAAUCGAGGUUCAGGGCUCGGAGGAAGUGCUCCGAAGGCUGCAUUCGGUGGAGGAAGCACAGCGUUCGGUGGGAGUGACAAUGGCUUCAACAGUGGACCGAUAGCUUUCGGUACAUCUACGCAGGGGUUCUCACAAGAGGCUGACGGGUUUGGGUCUGGAAGUACUGGAGUACCGACACCAUUAUCAUCGCCAGGUACUUCGUUUGGGAGUCAGGCGUCAGGAGUUCAAGUGCGCAAGAAACAGAUCACCCCAAAGGCAGCUUCCUCUGCUCGUGCAGACAACCCAUUCGCAUCUACAGCCAGAAGUGGUGGGGCUUUGAGUGGGCCUACUGUCCAGACUACUUUUGGUGGAUCGGGUGGGAAUGGCUUUAAGACUUCCCCGUCAUUUGGAAAGCCUUCUCCUCCUGGUAGCGCGGCUACGGCAUUCGGUGGUGCUACCGAUAAACGACGACAGACCGGUCCGAAAUUUGGCUCGGAUAUUUCAGCUGGAGGCUUCGCGAACUCGGCCAUGGAGGCGCGAAUGAAUGGAGCUAAGAAAUCAUUCGGGAAGGGCAAACGCGUUCCGGAACAGGAUACGAAUCCCUUCAAUGGUCAGCAGUUGAAACCUAGGAUCAGUCCUAAGUUCCCUCCUGAUGGAGAUGCGUUCGGGGAGGCUAAGGCGCCUAAGACAAGUCCAACACAUGAAAGACAAGGGAAACAUCGACAAGGGCGACAGAAGAAAAAAGUGCCGAGCACAAGUGAUGACGAGACUUCGUUUGCAAUCAUGUCGUCUGCUACUGCUUCAUCCCGAGACGAGAGCAGUAAAGCUGAACUGUCAGCUGCUAAAAACCUGGAUGGACGUUGUGCUGACAUGUGUAGUCCAGCAGAACGGGAGCUACAUAUCCGAGUCGAUGAGUUGAGCGUCUUCGAGAAGUGCUUCCCUGAUCGCCCAGGAACCGAGCGCGACAUGAUCAUCAAGCGGUUCCAGCGUAGUUCAGCAGACCACAAGCUGGAUAUCGCCGAGGAGAUCCGUCCUCCCGGUGUUCUGCGACGUACACAGCUGUAUAUCGAGCAGGCUAUCAUGGACCUGGAUCAGUGUGGCUUGGAUCCUCGUUUCCAGACGCCUCGAAUCCCGGAGCCUAUCGAGCUGUACAACUUCUGUUGGGACCGAUUUCGAAUGAUCCGCAAAGAUUUCGUGCUCCAGAAUUAUCGUGGCGCUGGCGGUCGAGUGCACCCCAUUGCGCUUGACAUUCACGAGCGUAUCGCGCGCUAUCACGUGCUCAGCGAACACGAACUCAUCGAAGUCCAAAGCUUCGUGGCGCAACAGAACAUGGAGCAGCUUGGCCAAACGCUCAAGUCGCUGAACGAACUGUACGACGAGAGCCACAAGGUCGGGGAUCCAGCGUACUUGAGCCCGUUUGAAGCGGAGUGUCGCGCGUAUUUCAUCCUGUGUACGCUGGACAAUGGUCGUGGUAUGGAUGUGUUGAAAUAUGUGAAGAACCUUUCGCGUCAUAUCCUGGAGAGUCCGCACAUGAAGUUCGCGAUGCGCGUGUUUGUCGCUCGUCAUACAGGCGACUACUUUCAGUUUUUCUCGCUGCUACGUCAAGCGACGUAUCUGCAGUCGUGUCUGCUCUUCCGGUACAUCCCGAACGUGCGAUCUUCCACUCUGCUCCGUAUGAAUCGAGCCUAUCGCAGCCAGACAUAUCCUCUAGAAGACUUAGUAGAGUUGCUAUGCUUCGACGACAUUGAGCACGCCUACGCAGUGUGUGAAGAACAUCAGCUGAAGAUAUCGGGCAGACCAGGUGCUGGUGAUGACAGUUCCAUUAUGGUGAAGUUUGGCGGCGACUUUGAAACCGAUGCCCAGCUACGACGGAGCAAUACGCCGUUGAAGGUUCGCAGCUCCAAGAUUUACGUUGGCAUGAAGCAAGGCAACUAUCUACGGCGAGACAUCUGUCGCGGCGUGACGGAAUAUGCUCGAGAUGAGUAUCCAGCUCUUAGCAAGUUGAUUCAAGACGCUGAACGGGAGGAGCAGGCCAGAUUGUACCCAGAGAGACCAGCGUAUGAGGACGACUACUCUUACUUCGUUGAUUAUAACGACGGAGCGUCCAUGACAGCUCCAAAAAGGCAUGAGCUUAGUGCCAUUGCUCAGAGAAAGAUGGAGCUUGAGCAGAAGAAACAAGCGAUGCUGGAGCGAAUGCGAGAGCUGGAACGAGCGAAAGAGGAGAAGACUCGACGUGAGCAUGCGGAGAAGGCUGUUGCUAGUCAGGCUGCUCAACUUGAAGACCAGAAGAAACAGGAAGCGAUUGCCCGAGUUAAAGCGGAAAAAGAAGCGGCCGAAGCGAAGCAGCAGCAAGAAGCUCUGGAAGCGCAGUUACGAGAACAAAAGAAGCAGCGGGAGCUGGAAGAACAGCGCAGAGAGGCUGAAGCAGCAGCUCGUGAAGCAGAGCGACAACGACUUGCUGCUCUGCAACAAGCGGAGGCUCUGAGGAUAAAGGCAGCGGAGGACGAACGACGUGGACAGGAGGCAAAGCGACAAGAAGAAAUUCGUCGCAAAGCAGCAGAAGAGCGAGAACGACGUCGUCAGCAGGAGCUGGCAGAGGAGCAAGCACGUCAAGCGCGUGAAGCUGCACUGGAGGCGCAACGACAAGUUCAAUUGGCAAAGGAACGAGCUGAACGGAAGAGAGUGCGUCGCAUUGAGAAGCAGCGACUUGCUGUGCUGAAGCUGAGACUGCAUCUGUGGAAGAUAUACGUGCAAGUGUCACGUGACGGUCCUGGGCCAGUGUCACUAGCGUCGAAGCUUCGACUUGAUCAGCCUCAUCAAAAGGCGAGAGACAGUAUGCAGUGGCUUUUCCGAGGUGCUAAUGGAGCAUCAGCAAUCGGCACGAAGCGAAACCUUGGAGUGCCGUCUAUCGCGUGGAAAUUGGUAAUCGCAGAUCUGCUGGAUGGAGCGUCAUCGUCAUUUGGAUUGUGGUGCGCAGUUCGAGCUGGAGCGCAGGAUGUUUCUACACCUGAGCACGACUGUCAACGCAGCUACCAGUCAAGUACCGGUGUCGCUGUGUGCAGUCGGUAUCUGGAUUCAACGUUCGGUCAGCGGAAUUCGCGGGAGAUGCAGCAACACAAGCUCGCUGCUACGUCAGCCAUCUUACUACCGGUCGAUCUGAGUGUACUACAGCAAGCUGGGAAGAGCAGUGUCUGGGAGCAGCAACUUGGAGAGCUGCUGUCGUUACUGAACAGAGGGUGUCGCGUGUCUGUGCUGGCUGUGGGGUUCGCUUCAGCAGACAUCAUGACCACACGAGCAGAACUCUUCAAUACGCUUGAGAGCUGUGUCGAACGAGUGCAGCGUCGAUUCUCAACGCAGUUGGCUCACGUCGGUGUUGAGCUCGUCGAUGCAGGGGCUCAACUUCCUGUACAGUUCGGCCGAAUGCUGAAGAAGAUCGCCGAGUUGUCGCCCCCUGUACGUCACCUCAAGAGCGUCGGCUUGAAGGAACUGCUAGAAGGGAGUGUCAAGGCGAUGAUGUACCGCUUUGAGUCGUCCAUUGGCAUCCAGAGUAACAUCUGCGCUGUCUUCCCACGUGUGCGGCAAGAUGUUUUAUCGUCCGGUGUCAUGGACCUCGUGUACCCGCCGCCAGAGCUUCAGUUCGCUGUUGUGGACCCCCCACGUGGUUGGAACUCGCAGGAGCGGCAACUUGAGAUCCGGUCUGUGCUAACAGCGCUUGAAGCUACUCGCAUCGUGGUCGAGACGUCCCCUGUGCAUCGUGAUCAAAUCUGUGACGUGUACUUUAAGAAGGUGGAGGAGUUUAUCGACCGACUGUUUGUAGCGUAUCCGGCGGCCUCUGCGGUGUCGACGUACGAGCUGAAGAAGAGGAUUUACUGUUUGUUACUUCCGAUCCAUGAAGGAUUGAGUCAAGAUAGCAAGACGGAACAGGUGACGCCACAAGAGGCAGACGUCUUAUUGCCCUGGAGGAAGAUCUUCGAGGAAAUUUACGACACGUUCUUCGAGACGCUGAGCGACAUGACAAUCUACUAUCCAGCGGACUGGCGAGGCUUCGGAUCGAGUGUCUCGAGUCUUGUGGAUGCUGUGCACACGUCAACUCCGAAGCAGCUGUUGGAUUCUACUAAGCGCCACUGCACUGUUGUGAAGAAACCAGUGCAAGUAUCGAUGCAAAGUGUACGAAAGAGCUUUGGAGCACUGAGAGCGGGGGGCGAGUCGACGCAGAAGUACAAGGCGGUGGGCGAGAUGAAGCGUCUUCGAGUCGAGAUCCAGAAGGAGCGUGCUGCCACCUCACAGUUCCAACGCAUGCUCCGCCAGGCGCUGAAGCGCUGGGAAGACUAG